UAACGUUGUCGGUGUUCUAAGCAAAACGUGGAAAGUGCAGACGAAAACAUACCGGCGUGUCGCCUGCGUGUUGGACUCAGUAAACCAAACUCUUUGGACAAGUAAACAGCCUUAGGAUGGAUGUGCUUGGUGUUGCCCUGUGCCUAGUGGUGUUGUUUACAGUUGGAGAAACACAGAGAGAUAAACAACUGUAUUGUGCUGUGUGCCGAGUUGUGGUGGAUGAGAUCAACUGGAGUAUAAGUCAAGUCGAUCCAAAGAAAACCCUGCAAGCUGGGAGUUUCCGUGUGGAUCCGAAAGGCAACCAGGCGAUCAAAGAGAUUCCAUAUGCAAGAUCAGAGACUCACUUGACGGAGCUAGUGGAAGAGGUGUGCGGUCGCAUGAAUGAAUAUGCACAGACAACAGAUGAUGAUGGCAAGAAAAACAUUGUCAGGACCAACUCCAGGAAUGGCAAACCUCUGUCUCUCAAGAACAUCAACAUCAACAGAGAGAUACAGAAACAGCUAGGAUUCUAUUGUGACUCGCUCAUCGAGGAGCACGAGGAGGACAUCAUUGGGCUCUUCAAACGCAAGACUUUACCUAAUGCAGACCGAAUCAUCUGUGGAGAUAUUUCAGCUGCAUGUACUGAGGCUGAACUGAGUCAACCCCUAGCAACCUUGAAAGCUGAAGAAGAAGCAGAGGAGAUGGAGGAAGAACCUGAGGAAGAUCCCGAGGAAGAUGAACAGGAACCAGAGUCAAUUAAGGAAGAAUUAUGAUGGCCUUCAUUUAGCAUUCUUGUUUCACUGAUGUAUUUAUUCAUUCUCCCAUCGUCCAUGUGCAGUGUGCACAGGAGUCAUCGACUCAGUUUCAGGGUUACGUUUUAGUGUAUUUGUGGGAAAGUUUAGAAAAAUGUUAUGAGAGAAUUGUUGACAAAAUGACUUAUUGUGGCUAAAACUAUCUUGGAUAUGUUUCAGUAUUGUUUACUGUGUGCAGUGAUAAAUGUUUUGAAAUGCACCACAUGAAGGAUGUGACUUUACAUGAUGAAUAGUAAGUAGCACAUAAGCUCUGUUUACAUGUGUGAACUUCUCCAUCUGUCCAACUCCAUGUAAACACCAUAUUUCCUGACCAAAAUUUUAUAAAAGGCACCUUUGAAAUUUGGCAAAUCAUUUGGUUUUGACCAAAAAAAGCAUUAGUAUCAAUACAUAAAAACACAAUAUAUACACCUUAUAAAAGGUUAAGAAUCACUUAGGGACCAGUUCAAAUGUUUGAUGUGGGAUAUUAAACUUUAUUCAUUAAGUAUUGAGGCAUACCCCCUACCCCCCAGAAAAACAUUAUUCUGUAAAUACUGAAUUUCCGAGUAUAGUGGCCUCUUUUGUCACGCAUUCUUGUGUUUUGCCCUGUUUUUAAAUGUUUAUUGAAUGAUCCUGCCAUCAUAACACAUGCAUGCAUCUCUGAUCAUCUGUUGAACACGUGUGCAUCUCUCUGUUAUGGCUGUCUCUACUUACAGGAUGUACUCAUGGGGAUUCCGGGUUAGAAUUGGUCCCUAGCUGGUCGUAAGAGGCGAUUAAAUGAAUUUAGCUGGCAGGCUUGGUGACUUAGUUGAGGGCUUGUCAACGUAUUUCUACUGGGCGGAUUGUUGUUCAUAAUAUCAAUCACUGGAUUGUCUGGUCCAGACUCAAUUACUUACGGGUCGGUGUCAAAUAGCUGGACUAAUGCAGAGUUAAACAACAAACACACAGAUCUGUACCUUUCUUUGUAAGUCUUUCAUCAUCCUUAAACCAUUUUCAGAAAAUUGAGUAUAUGAUUUCACCAUAUAUGUGAGCUUGUUAUUUUUCUGUUAUAUUUGUUGCUGUGGAAGGAAUGAAAACAAUUGAAGCCUCAUUUUACGAUUGGUUAUAAAACUAAGGUUACAAAAUUUAAAUUUGCACUUAUCUUGGGUCACACUUUGCAUCCUGUAGCACAUAAUAAGUAUUAAAUAUUAAAUGUAUUGUAAAAUUAACAAUAUCUCUGUGUUGAAAAGAAAUUUAAUGAAAAAUGCAUGCAGCUUGGCCUGUUUCAAGGUGUUACAUCCUUUCCAACAUAAAUCCGCUCCGGAUUUAUUUUAUUAUUUAAGUUUAGAAAAAGGGGGAAAAAAGUAAAAUAUGCUUAUCUUUUAAGUUCACACAGCAUUUGUAAUACCAGUUAUAAAAACAUGCCGAUUGGGUUGUGUUUUCAAGAUGCGUUGAAUAGAUCUAGACCUCUACAGCAUGAAAAAAAUCUAUUUUUGAUACAUGUAAUUCUUGAAUAUCAUUCCUGUAGGCAUCAUGUUGAUUUGUACCUUAGAGUUCUAGAAUUUCUUGCCUUGUUAGCCGAUGUAAGCUGUAUAUUUAUGAAUGUAUGAAAAUGACUGUUUGCUACUUCUUGUGAUAUAUAUUAUAUCAGAUGACCAAUUAUUUUGAUCUGUCAUGAUGUAGGUGUCAUUAUGUGGGGAGGAGGAUAUAGGUGUCUGCUAAGGGUAAAGGGUGCAGGUGCCCUGUAGGGGAUGAGGCGUAGAUGCCCUAAAUGGGAUGGAGGGGUAGUUUCAUGUAUGGGGAUGGGAGGAAGGUGUCCUGUUGGGGGAUGAGUGAUGGUAAGAGUUGGAAGCACAAUAAAAUAGUUUGAAUGUGUGGGAGUCAAUGCAGAAUCAUGUACUCGUGUAUUGCUAUCCUCUGUGACUUGUUAUCUGGAUGUGACUGGUGAAUGAUGUUGUGUAAAUAAAUAUUUUUUAUAUUC